AUGCUGGUGGUCCUGCUUACAGCAGCCUUGUUGGCCCUGAGCUCAGCUCAGAGAGCAAAUGCAGAAAUCAUCAGUGAAGACUCUUCUGCUCAGCUCUUAGAGGAAGAGCAAAAAAGCCAGGGCAAAGGUCAACAGCAUCAGAAAGAUGAGGAAGGUGAAGAACCUGGAGAUGAUGAGGAUGACAAUGGAGAAGAAAAACCACCACAGAAACCACCACAUCAUCCUCGCCCUCCUAAACCUGGAAAACCACAUGGCCCACCCCAGGAGGGAGAUGAGGAGAAACCCCGCCCUCCUAAACCUGAAAAACCAGAAGAAGGCCCACCCCAGGAGGGAGAUGAGGAGAAACCUCGCCCUCCUAAACCAGAAAAACCAGAAAAACCAGAAGACCCACCUGAGGAGGGCGAUGGCAGUGAUGACAAUGGCAACAACAAUGGUGAAGAUGACAACUGA